AAUGGGAAUCGCUGGUGCCGCCGUGCACCGCCCAAUCACGGCAAGAUCGUCAUUGAGAAGGACGAGCACAAACGGGAGGAAAGCGAGGUCUUAAGAGGAUCUGUUAAGGAUGGUACCGGCACACUGUUACUUGUGUCUUGGAAGACAGUGAAUCGGUAACAAGUCAGUUCGUAUAUAUCGCGCAAGAUAUUGAGAAAUAAAUCCAUUGAUAAAAGAAAUUACCGAAAAAAAUUGAUAAAAGAAAUUACCGAGGAAAAUUUUCGUAAAAUUGUUUCGCAAAUUCUUUUGUCGUAAAAGUUAUGAGUGGAUCAGGAAAGAGUCUGCUCGGGGUGUGGCUGUACAGAAGAGGCAAGAAUUGGGCUGUCAAAGAAGGAAGUCCGUUACAUAAAUCGCGCAAUUAAGUAAAUUCAUCCUCUCGUUCAUUCAGCACACCAUGGAUGAAAGUAAUCAAACCAAUGACAAUAAGAAUUCUGUGAUAUUUUCCCUGAAGAAUCAAAUCGGUGGCUUGGCUCGAACACUUCAAGUAUUUCAGGAUCUAGGAAUAAACAUCAUACAUAUCGAAUCAAGAAAGUCUACGCGCCGUGGUUCCGAAUACGACAUCCUCGUAGAUGUCGAAUGCGAUCCGAAAAAGAUGGAACAAUUGAUGAAAAUGUUGAGCCGCGAAGUAGCGGCUGUCAAUCUUGCACAUUAUGAGCAAAUCGGAAAUAUACCACACGCACCUUCUCUCUCGGCCGCGACAAGCUUCGACGCAAUAGAUUUCGAUUUUAUAGAUUUUAGUGAAGUAGACAUGCCCUGGUUCCCGCGAAAGAUAUCGGACCUCGACCGUGCGCAGAAAGUUCUCAUGUACGGCUCAGAAUUGGAUGCGGAUCAUCCCGGCUUCAAAGAUCCCGUGUAUCGUAAACGUCGCGAGGAGUUUGCCAAUAUCGCUUAUAAUUACAAAUAUGGUCAACCAAUACCGAAGGUGCAAUAUACGCCGGAAGAAAUUAGAACCUGGGGAAUUGUUUUCCGUGAAUUGCAUCAACUUUAUCAAAAAUAUGCGUGCAAAGAAUACUUGGAAAAUUGGCCGAAGUUAGUCAAAUAUUGCGGAUACAGGGAGGACAAUAUACCGCAAUUGCAGGAUGUAAACAAUUUUCUAAAGCGAACCACGGGAUUUCAACUUCGUCCAGUCGCGGGUUAUCUCACACCGCGGGAUUUCCUUUCCGGACUUGCUUUCCGAGUAUUUCACUGCACCCAAUACAUUCGACACUCUUCCGAUCCAUUUUACACGCCGGAACCAGAUUGUUGUCAUGAACUGCUAGGCCACAUGCCGCUACUUGCCAAUCCAAGUUUCGCGCAAUUUUCUCAAGAACUUGGUCUGGCUUCUCUCGGUGCAUCGGACGAAGACAUAGAUAAAUUGGCAACACUAUAUUUCUUCACCGUGGAAUUUGGAUUGUGCAAACAGGAUGGUAUGUAUCGCGUUUACGGGGCCGGUCUGCUUUCGUCGGUGGCGGAAUUGAAACACGUUGUAUCCGCGCCCGAAAAAACCAUGAGAUUCGAACCGGACAUCACGUGCAAGCAGGAAUGCAUCAUUACCGCCUUUCAGAAUGCGUAUUAUUAUACAGAUAGCAUAGACGAAGCGAAAGAGAAAAUGCGAGCGUUUGCUAAUCAAAUUCAACGACCAUUCGGGAUACGCUACAAUCCGUACACUCAGUCGGUGGAGGUGUUGACGGAUGCCCAGAAGAUCACGGCUGUGGUCAGCGAGUUACGAGGUGACUUUUGCAUAGUGUCGAACGCUCUGAGGAAGAUUCACGAGCAGGACGAUACCGUCGAUGUCGAGAGGAUAACCAGUCUAUUGACUCAGGGUAUCGAGAUUCCGCAGGAAAAUAGCUCGUCUUCGGAUAGCGAUGUCAGUCCUAAUGUCGAGGAGUCUCGUCCCCAAGAAGAUCAGCACGUGCAUUGCGAUGAUAAAGAUGCAGUCGCUAUGGGAAAUUAAGCAAUUGAUAUCAUCAAUUUAAUUGCAUGCUUUUUAAAAUGUUGACAAUGUUUGAGAAAAUCGAGACACAAAAUUUUAGAAAUAAAUUUUCUCGCGAAUACAGAGAUAUGACUUUCUGUUAUCUAUAGAAAAUUAAUAUAAUUAUUUUGAGAAGUUAAUCGAUAUACAAGAUCAAAAGAUAGAUGUAUAAUAUAUCCAUAUUCCCGAAUAACUAGC